AAACCGUUGAGCUGCAGUAAUUAUGCAAUUACCGUGAUGACGGCCGAGGUAGUCGACAUGUCUUAGCGCCUUGGUAAGGCGUGCACGUGGGGUGGGCCUCAAUGCAUGUCGACGCGACCCGCAAUGUCGUCUCAAAGACCAUCUUCCAUUCUCAAUUCUUUCCAUCGUAGAACAUUGGUCUGAUUUGCCCGUAUGGAGGAAGAGCACGAGUUCAAUAUUGAGAAGGUGUCGCCGAUAUGGCUCAUUACGGCACUUUGCGUUGUGCCGUUUGGCCUGUAUCAAUUACUCAACUUCCUUAGUCCGUUGAUACAUCGGUUGACGGCUAUGAAGAUUUCCGCGAUGUACAUCUACCCCAUCAAAUCGCUACGAGCGAUUAAAGUCACAGAAGCCAUUGCCACAGCCCAUGGAUUCAAACACGACCGUACAACACACUACCAUUCAUGCGGGAUGGAAUUAACAACAACAAGAGAAACCGCUAACACCUCCACAGGUUCCUUCAUGCUCCUCCAGGAAACCAAAGACGGCUACAAAAACAUGGCCGUAGCAGGCUACCCCGAAAUGACGCAAUUUCUCCAGGAGAUGAAAAACGACACCAUCACCGUCAAAUACAUUGCGUGCGGAGAUGCCUCGAAAGAAAAAUCAAUCGACAUACCUCUGGAGCCAGACACGGAAAACCUCGAUCCCAUCGACAUCAACAUGCACUCAGCCCCGACAACCGCCCAUCGCAUGCCGCAAAAAUACAACGACUGGUUCACCUCCUGCUUCGGGUAUCCCGUCAUCUUCGUCUACCUAGGCGCCAAUCUCCGCGACGUAAAGUUCCAGGACAUGCAACCGCUGGAACCAGAUCCGCUAACCCGGUUUCUGAGCAAACAUGUCCCGUUUACAAAGUCCUAUGUGGAAAAAGUAAUGGGUUUACAUAAAUCUGGGGAGGAGAGCUGGAAGAUUACUUUUGCGGAUUGUGCGCCUUAUCUGUUUACUUCCCAAACUAGUCUUGAAGAUGUGUCGUCCCGGCUUCCAGAGGGUAUGGAUAUGGAUAUGGAAAAGUUCCGUCCAAACGUCGUUGUCGAAGGUGCUUAUGACCCGUAUCAGGAAGACUAUUGGGGCAAGCUUACGGUUAAGGGGGGAACGGAAAUCAUCCUGCCGCAUAAUUGUGUGAGGUGCAAGAGCAUUAAUAUCGACCAUAAGACGGGUAAGCCGGGAGAAGGACCGGCGGGUGAGGUGCUGAAGAGAUUGCAGAAGGAUCGGAGGGUUGAUAUUGGGGCAAAGUGGAGUCCGGUUUUCGGACGGUAUGGAUUCUGGGGGAGCAAUGGAAAGAAGACGGAGGAGGUGUGGAGGGUGGGGGAUAGAGUCAAUGUGGCCAAAGUUAAUGAGGGGCUGACCGUCUGGAGUUGGCCUGGCGUUGGGUAGUGAUGUGCAAAGUGGCGCUUCCUGGAUGUAUCAGUACAGGCAAUAGGAUUAGAGCAGAUGUCCGCAACUACGGGUGUAUUUUGUUAUUUUGUCAGAUGAGAAGACAGCCUUGCGACAUGGCGUAUUCGAUCGCCUCACAACAAGUGUGGGUGCAAAUCUGGCCUAACCUUUUGGGGGCUCGCACACCUUCCACUUCCCUCCACAAAAUCAUGUUACCAG